AUGGGUGCGGAUGAACAGAUCCGCCGCCGAUUCGAGGAGCAUCGUCGCGAAAUGCCGCGGUCCCUGUCCCGUACAGAGUGGGCGCUCGAGGGACACGUCGCGCGCUCCGACGCGGAGGCAGCGGCGCACCGGGGGCGUUCGCCUCGGCGCCGCUCAUCAGUGACGCGCGAGGAAGGGCGGGCGAACCCCCGCAAUGAUCGCCGUAGAAAAACUCCGUCGCCCCGUCCGCCGCGGUCGCCGCAUUCGCCGUGUUCGCCGCGUUCGCCUCGCUCGCCUCGUUUGCCGCGUCCCAAGGUAUCGCGGAGCCGGUCCCGAGAUCGCCGGACGCGCCGCCACCAGUCUCCCGCUCGCCGUUCGAUCCGUCAGCGAUCACCUCAUCGUCCCGCCUCUCGUCACCAAUCUCCCGCGGCGCAUUCAUCGCGGCCGUCAAAGCGCCAGCGGCUGCACUCGCCUCGUCGUGGGGGCCGAUCCCCUGGGCGCCACCGCCAGCGCGUGCAAUCCCGCCCGCAAUCGCCCGUGCGGUCGAAUGCGAGUGGGCGCCAUGGGCGUCGUGGAGGCUAUGGCCGUGGCGGAGCGGCGCCGCGGGCGCCGUCCGCGAUGGAGCGUGUUCUCCAGAGGCUGGACGGCGUGGAGGAAGCAAACCAUCGUACGAAGGCGGAAUCGUCGUCCCGUCCUGCGCGUCCCCCUGCCCCCGAUGUUCCCCUCGCUGCCCUCCUGCCGCAUGAUCCCGAGGGCUCUCUCGUGCGCCCCAGUCGACCGCUGCCUGCUGGGGCCGGCUUCGUGGGCGCGGGAGGCGGGGAUCCGUGGGCCCCUUUCGUUCCGCCGCGCCCUGCUCCACCUCCGCGCGAUUAUGUGGUGUCGUCCCGUCGAGCUCAAGCCUCUGCAUUGAUGCCGGCGAAGAAGGAAGUGCCCACGGCGACCCUGGCGCACUUAUGGUCGCUUGCGGAGAGCCUGCAGGGGUCUUGA